AUGGCAGGUGACUGCAACUCCGUCUUCCUCGCUGGUUUCGCCCUGCUCGUACCCGUGACCCUGGCCCUCGGCUAUCGAUUCAAGACGCCCAUUUUCGCUUCCAUACUGACGACUGGCCUACUUCUAGAAGUCCUCGGCUUUGCUGGACGACUGCUUCUCUUUGACAACGUCGCCAACAAGACUUACUUUGCCCUGUUCCUUCUCGGCACCGUCCUCGGCUCGACGUUCAUUGCGGCCUCCAUCUUCAUCAUCCUGCCGCACGCCCUUUCGGUCUACGGUGCAAGGGCCAGCUCUGUCCAGCCGAAGCACAUCGCUCUCGUGUUAUCUGCUGUGGCUCUGGUUGCUGCCAUUGUUGAAAUCAUCGGAACAGUUUGCGUUGCCUUUGCUGUCUUGGAGACUGCUGGUUUAGUGGUCUUCGUUGCUGUUCAUUCCUGGUUCACCAUCAACCUGAACGGCGAACGUAGCAAACUAGACCCAAAACACGCCACGGUGUACCGAUCAGCACGCUUCAAGCGAUUCCUCCUGGGUACGCAAGCUGCGACAGUACUGCUUCUCAGCCACACGAUUUACCGGAUCGUGGAAACAGCCAGUGGCUUCGACGGGCCUCUCGCACAGAACGAGGCUGCUUGUAUGGUAGUCAACGGUGCACUUCCAUUCGUAGUCUGUGCCCUCCUCGCAAUCUUCCACCCCGGCGUGGCCUUUGGCAAAGCUUGGGGUCCCACGUCACCUCGUUUGCGCAAGCGUUACACCCGCCCAGCACCUCUCCGUUCGCCAGUAGCGACCUUCGAAUAUAGUCGAAGCCCCGAUCAAACAGCCUUUGACAAGAUGACGACCCCCACGUCGGCAACCAUGCCACUGCAGAAUGCCACCAUGGCAACCACAGUCAAACAAAGCCCCGUCACGCAAACCACCACGCAACAGCCUCUCUCUGUUGGAAUGACGCAGAAAAACAGCCCAACGUUCUGGAAGGAGCAGCAGAGACGCCACUCGCAAAGGCUCAGCUCAACCUUCCUCAGACAGUCGCCCAAGACCAGCCCUACCUUUGAGAUGAAUCAGAUGCAACAGCCCAGGGCAAGCCCGACAGCCCAGCACGGCUCUCGGCCACACUCUCAGUCGCUGUCGGGUCACAGGACGAGUCUCAAGUCAGAGCAAGCCGCAACGCGGGGCAAGUUGGUGGACAGCGAGACGCUCUGGUAA